AUGGCCGCGCCUCCCGCCUUCUCCGGCCGCCGGCGCCUCGCCCCGCCGGCGCUGCUCCUGCUGCUGGCCUGUGCCCUGCGCGCUAAGGACAGUAGUGAGGCGGUGGAUGGAGGUGGAACCUGGAAUGAAGAGGUGACCAAGUGGUGGGGGGAAUGGAGCUCUUGGUCCACAUGCUCCCGCACCUGCGGAGGGGGUGUGAUGUCCCGGGAAAGGCACUGUCUACAGCAGCGACUACAGGCAUCUCAGGGGACCAACAGUACCAUGUGCCUGGGCCAGUCCAAGCAUUACCAGUUGUGCCAGCAACAGCUUUGCCCUGCCAACACAGCCAGUUUCAAGCAGCAUCAGUGUGCCAGUUUCAACGCCAAGGCCUUUGGGAAAUACUACUACCACUGGAUGCCACUUUACCCUGACGAUUACACCAGCAUCUCCAACAAACCAUGCGACCUCCAAUGCACCACCAGGGGUGGAGAGAGACAGCUCAUGGCACGGGCCCAGGAUGGCACUUCAUGCAAAGACAGGACUUUCCAAGGGGUCUGCAUUACUGGGAAGUGUGAGCCAAUAGGAUGCGAUGGCAGCCUCUAUUCUUCCCAGACGAUGGAUCGGUGCCGGGUGUGUGGAGGAGACGGGAGCACUUGCUACCGAGUCUCAGGCAGUUUCCGGAAAGGGAUCUCACAGUUAGGGUAUGUAUUUAUCACUAACAUCCCAGCUGGUGCUACAGACAUUCUUAUAAUCGAGCGAAGGAAAACUGAAAACAUCUUGGCACUAGCUGAUGAAUCGGGGCACUUCUUCUUCAAUGGGAACUCUGUCAUCGAUAACCCACAGAACUUCAGGGUGGCUGGCACAGUGUUCAAAUACCGUCGGCCUUCCAAUCUCCACUCUGACAGCCUGGAGUAUAUUAUUGCCCAGGGUCCCACCAAUCAGUCUCUGAAUGCCAUGUACUAUAACUUUAAUGGGAAAAUGCCCUAUGUGACAUAUGACUACACAGUGCCACGGACACGAUCACCAGCUCUUCAGACUGUCCCUCCGGCCAUCAAAAUGCCUCUUUACCUUCGUCUGCCAGAGCCCAGCCACAACCACCAAGACGCAAUCCCAUCCAUUUCCCAAGAUUUCAACGCCACUUGGAUCUCACUUGCACCAGAUGAUCUUGGGGAGCGUUUCCCACAAGGGGAAGGACAUGGCGCCCUCAGACUCAACCAGAUCACAAUCAGUACAGCCGUCCCUCACGGAGCAGCCAGGCCUGAUCUCCUAGAGACUGGCAGGAUCGGGCCCUCCAGGCUGCGACUCUUCAAGAAACUGUGUCUUCGAGACCCACGAAAUGCUGCUUUUUGUAGGGAAUUGCAAUACCUAUUGGUCAAGCUGGGAAGGAAGAAUUCAACAGUGGGGUUUUGGAAUGACCCUUUAGUGGAAUGGCCAGAAGGGCUGCGCAAACGGCCAGCAAAUGAGAACUUUCUAGAGAGCACGAAUGCAGAGGUGUAUGCACUGGAUGAGGCAACAAAUGACACUGUGGUGGUGACAUCUUCCAAACCUAGUUCCAAGUCCAGCCUUCAUACCAGCCUUGGAAACGAACAACUGUCAGAACCUCUGCAGUCCCCUGGUCCUGAAAGCAAUGACUUUGAGCUGAACCCCCUUGGCCACGAGGACAUCAGCCUGGCUGACAUGUAUCGCUGGAAAGUGUCGGUCUAUGCUCCUUGCAGCUCCACGUGCACCUCGGGGAUCAGUACCUCCUAUGCCCUGUGCAUCCGCUAUGAUGGCAUAGAAGUGGAAGAAGCUUACUGUGAUGCACUGACUCGUCCGGAGCCCACUCAUGAGUUCUGCGCAGGUCGAGACUGUCAGCCCAGGUGGGAGACCAGCCGGUGGAGUGAGUGUUCCAGGACCUGCGGUGAAGGCUAUCAGUACCGAACAGUGCGCUGUUGGAAGAUGCUGGCUCCAGGUUUUGAUAGCUCUGUUUACGAUGACCUUUGUGAGUCAGCUGGGCUGGCCAGGCCCAUGGAAAGGAAAUCGUGCGUGAACAAACCCUGUGGGCCACAGUGGGAGCUGUCUGAGUGGUCUGAGUGUUCUGCUCGGUGUGGCAGCUCAGGGACCAUGAAGAGGGAGGUGCGCUGCUCAAUAGAGCCACAUCUGUGCAAUGAGUCACUGAGGCCUGUCAGUGAGAAGGACUGCUCAGGCCCUCCCUGUGACCGUCAGUGGACUGCUUCUGACUGGGGACCAUGCAAUGCCACGUGUGGCCGAGGAGUCAAGACACGGACCGUGCUGUGCGCAGGGCUGGAGAAUGGCAUGUACAGGGAGUAUCCAGAGAAGCGCUGCGAUGCCUCCCCGAAGCCAGAAGUGCAGGCAUCCUGUUUCAAGAGACCCUGUUCCACAUGGUUUUCAACUUCUUGGUCCCAGUGCAGCAAGACCUGUGGCACAGGCCUGCGGGUCCGAGAGGUGAAAUGCUACCAAGGAGAAGCUCUAGGACACGGCUGCGAUUCAUCUUCCAAGCCUGAAGCCAAGCAGAUUUGCCAGCUACAACUGUGCCCUACAGAUGCUCCAGAUGAAGACUGUGAAGACAAAGCAUCAGCCAACUGUGUGCUGGUCCUGAAGGUGAAGCUCUGUUCCCACUGCUGCGUCCAGCUUCACCUUGGAACACAGGAAGGUGUUUGGAAGAAAUUUGUAGCAGAGGAUGGGGUAGCUGUGUGA